AUGACAACAACCGCAGCAACCGUGACAGCAACCAUGACAGCAAGUAUGGCAAUCCUUAGGGACAGCUUUUGGCUUCAAGGGCUUCAACUUAAAUUGAGGAACUUUGCACUCGCAGCAGCAGGGCCACAUACAGGGCCACUGACAGUAGCCUUUCUUUGGUUUUUUUUUACAGCAUUGACAACAAGGAUUGUCAACGCAUGCACCAAACUCAACCGGGAAUGUUAUCGAUUCGCAACCAUGGCCGCAGCAUCCACAGCAACCGCCACAGCAAUGAUGGCAAACAUGAGGGCAUCCAAAGCCACCGCAACAAUUGCAACAUCCACAAAAGCCUGA